UUACUGUUUGCAACGGGAUACGAGGCAUGCGGGGAGCAGCUGCAGUCGGUACCGGCGCCGCGGGGCCGCGCAGGCAGGAGGGCCAGGUCUGGGACUCGGUGAAGAAGGGAGCCUUCAUCCUGGGCUCGGGCCUCUUCGUCCUGCUCGCCUUCCGGAACUCCCUCACGUGGCACCUGCAGCGCUUCUGGGGCGCGUCGGGGGACUUCUGGCAGACUCAGUGGACGAAGCUCCAUCUCCUGCUGGGCGGCAAUGAGUGGGCCUUGUUCUUCGUAGCGACCAUGGUGGUGCCCACCCUUGCGUUCUGGCUGUUCAACGCGGUGCUCAUGGUCGCCGACCUCACUGGGAGACCUGCCUUCAUCACCAGAUACCGGAUCCAGCUGGGCAGGAACGACCCAGUAGGCUCAAGCUGCUCUCGCUGCUCACAGAAACAUCCGCGUGGACAGAUUCUUACAGACAGAUUUGUUUUUUUUAAAAGGGCGUUCCCGGGGCAGCAGGGGGCGGUCGUGUCCAGUGGGGUAAAGACGUGCAUCUCUUCCAGGCUGUUCCACCACCCUGCGCUGUACAAACACAUCCACAAGGUCCACCACGAGUGGACGGCGCCGGUCGGCGUGGUCGCUCUGUACGCCCAUCCGCUGGAGCACGUGCUGUCCAACAUGCUGCCGGUGCUCCUGGGCCCCGCCCUGCUGGGCUCCCACGCGGCCACCACCAUGCUGUGGUUCACCCUGGCCCUGCUGGUCACCACGGUCUCGCACUGCGGCUACCACCUGCCCCUCCUGCCCUCGCCCGAGUUCCACGACUUCCACCACCUCAAGUUUAACCAGUGCUACGGGGUGCUGGGAGUGCUGGACCGGCUGCAUGGCACUGACGCCACCUUCAAGCAGACCAAGGCCUACGAGCGCCACCUGCUGCUGCUGAGCCUCACGCCCCUCAGCGAGAGCAUCCCUGACGCGCCCAAGAAGGACCAGUGACCCCCCCCCCGCAUGGCUCCGCCUGCCAGCAGCCGGGCACCCCACCCUCCGAGCUGGGAGAGGCAGGCAGGACUGAAGCACUGCGCUUGCACCUUCCUGAAAUGUUUCUACUCUUUCAGCUCUUUGUGUGGCAGUGCUUUUUGUAUUUUUUAUUUUGUCCUUCAGUCUUAUUUUAGUAAUCCUAACUGCACAUUCCGUGGUUUACACUGAACUUCAGAAGCCUUAAAACAAACAAGCUUUCUGAGAAAGGAAUGGGAUUAUAAAAACAAAUCUGGGUUUGGACCAAAUACCGAACACUUAGAACACAACAGCCAUUUUAAACUGAUUACCAUGAACAGCGGGUACUAAACUUAAAUGCUGAGACAAUCAUUUAAUUACUGCACAUAUAAUUGCAAAUCUACAGAACAAGGAAGAAUGAAUAUAUUUUUUAAAACUGUUCCAGGAACAUUUACAAAUAUGAUUUAAAUUCCUGACAUAAUGCAUCUAUUUUUUUAAACCAUCUUCAAAUUAAACUGCUCCAGGUUUUAAGACUGAAGAAACUAUAAAAUAACUCAUUUAGCAAUUGCUCUUUGCAUUCCUUCAAGAACUUUAUCCCAGUUGUCCCCCAUCAAAGCAGUGUUAAUCUAUAGCUUCUUUCUUUACAAUGCAGUAUUUUAGUAUAAAUCAUGACCACAUUUGUUUACCCCGACACACCAAUCGCUUACUUCUCUGUAAAGUAGACGCAGGAGCUGUCUGGAGAACAUUUUCACAGGUGGAUGUUUUAAGUUAACAGGUAUGUGCGUGCCUGGACUAUCAAACCUUUGAGGUUGUGAAUCCUGGAUAUGAACUUCAAAAGGCAAAAUAAAAAAUUAUCUUGAGUAUCUUUUUCCUCACCCACACAGA